AUGGCUCACAAGCCUUUUACUGAUGCCAGUGAUUGCUUGUCAGGUGGAUUUUACUAUACACAACGAAUUCCCACUGUACGCCCACAUUGUGUAAUGAUGGGAUUACCCAAGUUUUUUUUUAUACACAAGCACAAUUACAAGUACAAGUACAAGUACAAGUACAAGCACAAGUACAGCUGCAAAUGCAAAUGCAAACGCAAAUGUACAUUUAUUACCUUGAUGUUUAACAAGAUAAAUACUCUAAUGAGUUUAUUAUUAGGUUUUGGUCUCAACAAACCAAAACAGCCUCCUAUUGCUGACAUCAGUGUACACCCAAUACAAUUUUGCCUGGUGAUAAUCAUCACGAUUCAUAGACCAAAAAUAAGACAAGUGCUACUUUAG